UCCCGACAGUAUCCAUCAACACGUGAGAGUAACGCCACGUCUAUUCAUAAUAUUUACACAGCUACAUCGUUCGCUUGUGUUUCGUAUAUCUAAGAUAUCAAAAUGGGUGUAUCGUGCGUUAUAAUAGUGACAAAACCACCUGAAGGUGUCCACAAGUCUGGUGAAACUGUGAAUGGAAUUCUCGAGUACGCUAUUGACGAACCAACUAAAUACAAGGAUAUAUCCAUCUCUCUCAUUGGCAAGGGUGAAUUCAACAUAAGGAAAGGGACGGGCGAUAACAGUCGAAACUAUCGUGAUAAAGAAUUCUACAUACAACGAACAAUAAAUGUUUUAAACAAACGUCCAGACGAAGUUGUAACUUUACCCUAUGGAUCUUAUAAGUUUCCUUUUCAGUUUCAUUUGCCGUGGAACAUACCUUCCACGUAUUCAAACAAACGUAUAUUUGGAGAUCUUACCGGUACUUGGGAGAUCAACUACUGUAUAAAAGCUGUGUUUGUAAAACCAAGCUUACUCAGUAUCAAUAAAACUUGCGAAAGCACCCUUAUCGUCUAUGGGAUUGUCAAUCCCAUCGCAGAAAGCCCUUUAACUAUUGGAAUCAAAAAAUCUAUUACCAGAAUCAACUCUUUAUUACGACUCUCUGGAAGAAUUGAAGUGAUACAUUUAAAAGUUACAUUAGAUAAUUCACAUCUUAGUCCUGGAGAAAUUAUUAAGCUUAAUUACGAAGUACAGAAUGAUAGUGAUGUUGACAUAAGAAAAAUUAUUACUGUUCUAACGCAAAGAACUACUUUAACUAAAAAUGAUCUAAUAAAUACAUUAGAAAAAGAAGUGAAAGGUUGUAGAAAUGAAUCUGAUUCUAUUCGUAACAAUACUAAAAGAUAUAUGGAAGUGUUGUUGCCUACGAAACCCGAGUUGUACUCAAUACAGCAUUCGAAUAUAAUAAACGUGGAAUAUUUCUUAAGAAUUACAGUGCACCUACCAUUACUUCACAAAAAUGCCUCGGUAGAAGUUCCUAUAGCGAUUGGGGAGAAACAUGGGCGUGGCGCUUUGGAUGUUUUAGAACUGGAUGACUAUAAUGACAAUGUUGACCCACCGACUUAUAAACAAGCUGUUAGUGAAGAUAACGCACGCUUUCGUGAGGUUUAAGUGACUCAAAAUGUUUACGUUCUCAAAAAUGUUGUUAACCUAGAGUUUACGAAUUACUUACUAUAUCUUUUGAACUUUGAUAUUAUUGCUGAUAUUAAUAUUUGUGUAACGAAAUAAUAAACUUGUUUCUGUAAGGUCUUAGUCUAAUGUAAUCUCAAUAUCUAUAAGACGAUCUGUUGUUGUUGUUGUGUGUAUUGUAUUGUAUAGCAUGGCAUGGUAU